CGCCCACCGGUCAGACUGCCAGUCCGUGAGUUACCGCAGCUGCAUACCGGUUCCUCCUUUAUCGUACAUUUAUGGUGUUGCUACUGGCCGUGACGCGCAACCGGCCACAGACGAUUUACAUAGUCACGGGUGAUCGUCCGCAUAGUGUCAGUGAGUGAGGGAGGUAAAAGACGAUAGUGUGGCUGUCACAAUGACUACAGACAGAGAGCCUCCCAUCACUGCCAAACUCCUUCACCUCAUGUUUCUCUCCACCUUCUGGGGAAUGCAGAUAUGGGUCACCUUCAUAUCAGGCUUUGUAAUGGACAACCAUCUAAACCGACACACGUUUGGCUUCAUCCAGAGCCGGCUCUUCCCGUUCUACCUGCAUAUCGGCUCAGCCUGUGCUUUCUUCAACCUCACCAUCUUUGCCAUGUACCAUCCUAGCAACAUGCUGGAUGACAAAGAGGCCUUUCAGAUUUUUAUUUUCUUCGUCUGUGUGACUGUGGCGGCGGUGAAUGCUCAGUGGUUUGGUCAGAUGACCUCGGAAAUCAUGGCGGACAUGCACCUGAUUGAGCAGGCCUGUGGAUUGGGUCAAGACAUCGGACUCUCGUCCAAUCGGGAAGCCUACGCCAAGCUCUGCGAGACAGAUCCCAAGUAUAAAAAGCUAAGCAGUCGGCUGUGGCUGUAUCACAUGCUGUCCUCACUUUGUAACCUCUGCUGUAUCAUAUGCAACGGAUACAGCCUAUAUUACCUAGCAGAAAACCUCACCACACUCUGAUGACCUUCCUGCAACAAAGUGGAGUUAUACUCCCACAAUGCAAUGCAAAACCUUCGGUUAAUGUCUGUGUGACUCCGGCAGCCAUGACCUGCUCUCAGGUACUGGAUUACCUCCUGAUCAUUAUUGUUCUGGAUUGUCUUUUUUAAUCUUUGUUGUGCUAGUUUUAGCUUAGAUACAGGUAUAUGAUGUUUAGAGAAUAUUUUUGUUACAGAUGCCUGUGCGUAUUUAAAUUAUAAUAUGUUACACUUUGCAUGGUUGAGGAAUGAGAAAAAAAAAAAUAU